GAAGGAGGCGGCAUGACUGUGUACGUAGACAGCCUGAGAAGCCCUACCCGGGGCAUCAAUCGCCCGUGUAUCUGCACAGAGCCAGGAGGAAAUAACGAACUGUUUUUUAAGAUAUCAAAUAGUUAGCUAGCUUUCGCCUUCGGUUUUAUUUUUGGAUAUAUGUGCUACGUAGAUGAAUUAAUUGACACACGGUUAUCUCAAAACGACUCUCCUCAUUUUGUUGGGCCGGGCGGCACAUUAGCCUCUUGGCUCAGUGGCUACUCGGUAUAAAGUUUGUUGGGCUAGCUGAAUUAACGCUACGUGGUGGUUGCUAACAGGGUAUUUAAUAUCCAGUGACGAAGCUAGCUAAAAGUAGCACGGUUAACACCGUCCAACUUUUCUUAGGUGCUUCAAGAUGCUUGUUGAGUAACAUUGACGGGGGAUCUCCUGUUAAUCCAGGCCAUCGUUGUCAGCUAACGUUAGCUACCAGCCUGGAGACACUGGGCAUUCGGCAAAGCCAUGGCAGAUGAAAAUACACAGUUCUGUGGUAAUUGCAAACAUGACAUUCCAGAGGCUAACUUUACCACCCAUGAGAUCCACUGCCGAAGAAACAUUGCACUCUGUGAUGUAUGCCAGGAGCCAGUGCCCAGGGCAGAUCUGCAGGACCACAAACAGCAGGAGCAUACUCAGAUUACAUGCAAAUGUGGUUUGAAGAUUGAGAAGAAUCACUUUGAUGCUCACCAGAGCUCUGAAUGUUCUCAGCGGCUGGUCCCGUGCCAAUACUGUGAACUGGAGAUUGUUUUCAGUCAGUCCAAAGAGCAUGAGGAUUAUUGUGGAACACGCACCGAGCCCUGCGCACACUGCAAGUGCAACAUAAUGUUGAGGGAACAAGCUGUGCAUCCGGUAUUAUGCGGAAGCCUUACACCGCCCCAAGAGAGGAACAACAGCCGGACAAGUCGCAGCCCAGUGGAACCACAGUCUCCCGGGGACUGGUUAGAAGCCCACUCUAUCCGAAACCUCCUUAGAGCCCAAGAGAGAGGCCCAAAGAAUAAUAACGUCAGUGCUGCAGAUCAACAGCCUUUUCCCCGGCCAUUUGAUUCAAGAGUAUUCAACACUUCAAAAGGACCGCAAGGCGACUGGAAGAACACCACCCCGAGAAAUACAUUUAGCCACUUGCUGGGGCAGAGUGAUUUCCUGAAUAGCAGCGGCAGCAGUGCGUGGCCUCACAGUGACCUCAGACUGGAUGAGGAUUCCUCAGGCCUGGACUACAUGUUGGCUCUCAGCCUGCAGAGUGAUGGAGAGUCGGUGGCUGGGGGCGUAGAGGGAAACCUGUGGAGUGGCAUCUGGGACCACAAGAUCGGGAAGACAUCGAACACGACCGUAAACUCUCCGCUCUCUCCGCCCAACAACAACUACCCAAACGUAACUAUAGGCACGAGCACAAGUGCAUUCCAGGACCACGACCAAGCAGAUACAAUGCUGCCUUGUGAGUUUUGUGAAGAGCUGUUUCCUGAAGAGGACCUCAUUUUGCAUCAGACCGGGUGCAGCCCCGCCUCUGCCUUUGCAUCGUACAGCAAGCAGCCCUUGUCUCCACCUAAAGAGGACAGGAUGGGCAGGAAUGCUUCAGGGCUGAUGAGCAGCCUCCCCAACACGCUCGCUUCAAACAUCCCCACUUUCCCUCGCUCGGUCUCCCCGGCCUCCUACAGUCCUCCAGCCAGCCCACUGGAGGGCGAUGUGGUCAUUCCCUGUGAGUUCUGUGGCGUUGCUCUGGAGGAGGCUGUCGUCUUCCACCAUCAGGACAAAUGUGACAUGCGUCCUCAGACUGCCCAUCCAUUGAAUAAUUUAACAAGAGCAUCCAUCAAAAAACCAGUGAGCCCUGCUAACGACGCCUUUGGUCAGAUGUCUACAGAUUUUCAGAGGACAAUGAAGCAUCAAGCUGACUACUCAGAUGAGGACUUUGGAUUUGGCAGAGACACACCACAAGGACAAAACCCAAGGGAAUGGCAGAGAGGCUACAUUGGACGACCAAGUCAAAGAAAGACGUCCAACUGUGAUGCUUCAGUAAAAAACAGACCUCAGCAGAGCAAGGAAUCAGAAGGAGCUCAUUCAUCUUUUGCUGACACCGAGAAGUCUGCUUCUGCAUUUCUAAAGGGAGUUCAUCUACCAGAAAACAAGGAAGUAAGAGGGACCAGAAGAAGUUCAUUGACAAAAUUGCCCAAGAAGCAGAACGAAGAGCAGCAGGAUGAGUGAGAGCAGGACCACGUGGAGAAAUCCAAAAACCAAAUCUCCUUCUCUGCUUCUCAUUUAUCUUCUUGCACACUUUUAAAAAUGAAACAUAGACCUAUCUGAGAAGUGCCUGUGUGAGUAUUAGUUAUCUUGCAGUUAAUAUUUUGAUGAGUUUCACUAUUAAAUGCUAAGUAAUUGGUUUAUUAAUGCAUAUUCUGUUCUAUUUCAAGAUUUGUUUCAAAUGUUUGUAUGUCUAACGUCUAGCCUUAACAGAUAAAUUAUAAAAUUAAUUUUAUGUUACGCUGAAUUUGAUUUAAUUUCCUCUCUUUUUUUUUUUUUUUUUUUUU